CAUCGAUCAACACAGCAAAACAUUAAAAACAAAGUAAAAUGGAAAAACCAGGAAAAAUGAAAACUUAUUUCGUCCCUCGAGUGAACCAGCUGGAUUCGAUACAACUCGACAAUGAAUUCACAAACAUGCUCCGGAACCAGAUUCAAAACAUACUGCAAUGCUUACCGCCCGGCUUGCUGAGCCACGUACAGCCCGAGAUUAACCUCUUGCUAAGCUCCACUCUUUGGAACUAUUCUAUACGCAAAUCGUAUGCCACCUUCGGUCAACAGAUGCUUUCCAUCACGUACGAACGGGAGCAGUUGCCACCGAUAAAGCUGGCGUUUCACUACCUCCUGACCAACCUGCUACCGUACGUGAAAGAAUGCGCCCAAUUUCGAUUGACGGGCUGGCCGUUGGUGCAACGCGUUAUUCAAGUGAUCGAGAACAUGCUGGUUCUGUUUAAUUUAGUAAACUUUUUCAAGUUUCUUAAGACGGGUAACAGACCAUCGCUGGUGGACUGUGUGCUGCGGAUAAGUCACCGAUCACUCGAUGGGGCCAAGCGACGCACUAUCGGCUACUCGUACAUGACUCGCGAGCUCAUUUGGGCCGGUUUUAUGGAAUUCCUAGGCUUCACCAUUCCAUUCAUCAACUACCACUCGCUGAAGCGAAAGCUCCGCAAUGCGCUGCGACUGGAUACGAAAUCUGUGCAGCCGAUCGAACGGAUCGAACUGUCCACGGAAAGUAGAUGCGCGUUUUGCAAUGAGAGAGUGAUUCUGCCGCAUUUCAUGGGCUGCAGUCAUGUGUUUUGUUACUAUUGUCUGAAGGGCAAUCAAAUGGCCGAUGCUGGCUAUCAGUGUAAUGUUUGUGAUUACCAAAGUGAUAGUUUUAUGAAAGUUACAGCUUCAUGAGCCCUGUACGGAGGGGGUUUGUUAACAAUUGGAUGGUUAGUGGGUAUGCGGGUUAUUAGACAAAUAUAGGAAACUGUACAAUUA